AUGGCGCCCGGUUGUUCAGAGUGUGUGUGUGUGAAAGUGCAGUGAAAUUAUGUUAUUAUCUAGAAUUUUUAGUGAUUAUUUUAGUGUUUAAGUGAAAAGUGUGUGCUUUAAUGCAGUGGUUUUCUUAUCAUGGCUUUGGAUUUACGCCUGCAUUCUCCUGCAGGCGCGGAACCUGUUGUUUAUACAUGGCCCCUCACUUCAGGUCAUGGCUCGGACAAGCACGAUGGGGCCUUGGAGAUAGUAGAAACGAUAAGGUGGGUGUGCGACGACCUGCCGGAGAUGAAGGCGGCACUGGAAAACAACAUCUUGUGCGAUUACGACACCCACUCGUACGAGAGUAUGAGAGCCCUGUGCGACCGUUUCAACCGCGCCAUAGACUCCGUCGUCGCUCUGGAAAAAGGCACAUCGUUACCCACUCAACGGUUAAACAAAUAUCCGUCGAGAGGUUUGCUAAAACACAUAUUACAGCAAACAUACAACCAAGCAGUGUCUGACCCGGAUAAACUCAACCAAUAUGAACCCUUCUCACCCGAGGUGUACGGCGAAACAUCUUACGAGUUGGUGUGUCAGAUGAUAGAUCAAAUAGAUAUAACCGCCGAAGAUGUGUUCGUGGACUUGGGAUCGGGCGUUGGGCAGGUGGUUUUACAAAUGGCGGCCGCCACACCAUGCCGCGUCUGCCUCGGAGUCGAAAAGGCGGAAGUUCCUAGCAAAUAUGCUGAGAGUAUGGACGUUAACUUUAGAACGUGGAUGAGAUGGUAUGGGAAAAAAUACGGAGAGUAUAAAUUAAUAAAAGGCGACUUUUUACUGGAUGAGCACAGAGAAAAGAUAAAUGCAGCUACGAUAGUUUUCGUAAACAACUUUGCAUUUGGCCCACACGUAGAUCAUCAGCUAAAAGAAAGAUUCGCUGAUUUGAAAGAUGGUGCUAAGAUUGUGUCAUCAAAGAGUUUUUGUCCAUUGAACUUCAGGAUAACGGAUAGAAACCUGAGCGACAUCGGGACCAUCAUGCACGUGAGCGAGAUGUCUCCGCUAAAAGGAUCAGUUUCGUGGACGGGGAAGCCAGUCUCUUACUAUUUACACAUUAUAGAUAGGACCAAAUUGGAGAGAUAUUUUCAAAGACUGAAAAAUCCGAAACUCAAGGUCAGCAAAAGGGGCUCGCAUAAUGGAUGUGAUGAGGGUGAGGGGAGUGGUAAGCGGCAUCUGAGCGCACCACCCACGCGGCAGCCGACGCCCGACUUGCUGAAUGGCAACAGCAACCACAGUACCGCCUCACUACCAGAGCGACGAAGAAAGGUGGCGCGGCCUAGAGCUGUCAGGGGUGAGAACGGGCGGACCCGAGCACGCGCGGCCGUGGCCAAGCGUCGCGUGGUGCGGCGCUCCAGCGACGAGAGCGACGAGGAGUCCAGCGGGACCGACGACGCGCCGCCCGGGCCCGAGCCCGCGCCCAGGGAGUGGGGCGCGCCCUGGGCCUCCUCCUCCGACUCAAACCGCAGCCGGCGGCCGGCCAGCAAACGCAGCGCGAGUGCGGGCGGGGCCCGGCGGCGGGCCGCUCGCGCCAAGCGCCGGCGCGCCGCCCCCGCCGCCAUCGCCGGCCUCGACCUGCUGCACUCCACUACGCUCGCCUCCACGCUGCACAACGGUUCCGUGACGGCGCCGCCGCCGGGCUGCGUGGAGCAGCGGCUGUCGGCGCUGGGCGUGGCGCUGCAGCCGGCCGAGCGCCUGCACUCCGAGCUGGACAUCCCGCGCUCGCCGCACACGCCCUACAGCCUGCAGCUGCUGCUCGACAUGUUCCGCGACCAGUACCUCGCCUUCAUCACGCGCAUGAACACGCCCGACUAUGCCGACGAGAUACGACACCAAAUCGACAAAGAAAAGGAGAGAAACCAGAAACUGAAGUCGCGUGCGUCUCAGUUAGAUAAACAGAUCAACGUGCUCAUCAGCGACAGUGUUGCUCUGUUAAAGGCGCGAAUGAGUGAGCUGGGUAUACACGCAAACAAUACGGUGGAUCUGUUGGCGAAAGCAAAGGAAAUCGUAGGCAGACAUAAAGAGUUGCAGAGCAAAGCUAGCAAAUUGCAAGCCCAGGUGAAUAAUAUUGAAGCUGAACAAGCAAUGCUCGUUAAGCAAAGAACGUUUGAGAUAACGGAAAAGUACCGUCAGCUAGGUCACAUACCGCCGGAUGCGGAGAUCACCCAAAACAUUGCUCAUGAUUGUAUAUUGAAAGAAAUAUCAGCCACAUUGGCGCACAGGAAGAGGUUACAUGCACAGGUAGGCCAUCUUCAAAGCGAAAUAAUUCAAAUGGAAAGGGCUAGUGAACAAAAAGUUGUUCCGCCGACAGUACCUGUCGCCACUGUAAAACCCCAUACCGUUAACUCAAAACCUAGAAAAUCUAGAGAGCAUAGAUCUCGAUCCCAAGAGUGGCCAGACGUCCCUGAUGUUGGGAAAAUUGAGGAACAGAAUCCAGAAAUCCUCGCUCAAAAGAUUCUAGAAACGGGGCGGCAGAUUGAGGCCGGCAAGAUUACUAAGCCGAACGUAAUAGUUAACGGGUAUGUGCGAGAUUCCGAAAGGCAUGAUCAUCAUCGACACCCCAAAGCUGCCACUCCCAUUCACAGAACGCAACCGCAGCGUCCGGGCCAGCCGCCGCCCCCCAAUCUCUCGCACAGGCAAUCGCCCGUUAAACCACAGAAACCUCUCAACGUAGUUGCCAAGGUGCAAGAAUCGCCAAAGGUGAUAAAUUUUGAGGACAGACUCAAGAGUAUAAUAACAUCGGUGUUGAACGAGGACCAGGAGCAGCGCAAGUCGUCGCGGCCGGUGCAGAGCCACGGCGCGCACGCGGCGCAUGCGGGCCACGCCGCGCACGCCGGCCACGCGCCACACGCCGGCCACGCGCCACACGCCGGCCACGCCUACAGCAACGGCUACGUGCGCGCGGGCGCGGCGCACGGGUUCCGCGCCGGCGCGCCCGCCGCCGCCGCCUUCCCGCGCGCCUCGCGCGACCUGCGCCGCGAGCGCUACCCCUACGAGCGCCGCGACGCGCCGCGCCUGCCCGCGCACCUGCAGGCGCCGCAGCCCGACUACACGCAGGUGUCGCCGGCCAAGCUGGCGCUGCGCCGACACCUGUCGCAGGAGCGCCUCGCCGCGCCCGGAGCGAGGACCAUCGGUGACCUCGUCAACGGGGAGAUCGAGCGCACGCUCGAGAUCUCCAAUCAGAGCAUAAUCAACGCAGCAGUCAAUAUGAGUGCACGCUACCAAGAGCCCGCUGCUAACCAUCAACCUCUCGAAGGUCUAGCAGCAUGCCUACAAGCGCGCGUGCUGGCGUCCGAGUACUGGCGCGGACGGAACGGCGCCGGAGCGGGCACCGCGGCGGGCGAGGCAGACGCUGCAGACCCGCACUCCAACACCUCCACGCCGCUGGUGGACGAACUGCCGGACGGCGCGCGCCUGCCAGGUAAUGGCCGCGCCCAGCCCGAGCCCGGCGCGCCCGCGCGGCCCGACGCACUCACCGCCCGCUCCGUUACAGAGGGCGAGGGCGGCGAGGAGGUCGACGAGAGCAAGUGGCAGGACCGGAUAGCCUUCCGCUUCGACCAGAUCAUAUCGUUCGCGUCUACGGCCAUGGAGGACAAGCGGAGGCGCUCUGACGAGGCGUGCAACACGUCGCCCGACUCGGGCAUCGGGCACGGCGAGGCGGGCGCGGCGGCGGCAGCGGGAGCAGCGCGCGCGGGCUCUCCGCCCGCCGCGCACUUCAAGAAGCGCUUCUUCCGGCGCGAGCGCUGGGGCGCGUGGGGCGGCGCCGCGCCCGCCGUGGACUGGGAGCGCCCGCCCAUGUGACGCCGACGGCCCUAGCGGCCCGCUCCCGCCG